AUGGGAGACGGUGGCAGAGCGGGCAAUUCGUCGAAUUCAAGCGGCGGAAGCGGUGGUAAUAAUCGACCGGAGUGGCUUCAACAGUAUGAUUUGAUUGGGAAAAUUGGGGAAGGAACAUACGGACUGGUGUUCCUAGCGAAGAUUAAGUCUAAUCGUAGUAAAUCCAUUGCUAUCAAGAAAUUCAAGCAGUCCAAGGAUGGCGACGGCGUCUCCCCUACUGCCAUUCGAGAAAUUAUGUUGCUUCGGGAGAUCAACCAUGAGAACGUGGUAAAGCUUGUGAAUGUGCACAUUAAUCCUGCGGAUAUGUCACUCUAUCUAGCCUUUGAUUACGCAGAGCAUGAUCUUUAUGAAAUCAUUAGACAUCAUAGAGACAAGGUUAACCAGUCAAUCAAUCAGUAUACUGUGAAGUCAUUGUUAUGGCAGCUGCUUAAUGGUCUCAAUUAUCUUCACAGUAAUUGGAUUGUGCACCGAGAUCUUAAGCCAUCAAAUAUUCUGGUAAUGGGGGAAGGAGAAGAGCACGGAGUUGUAAAAAUUGGUGAUUUUGGACUGGCUAGGAUUUACCAAAGCCCGCUAAAGAUACUAGCAGAUAAUGGUGUUGUGGUAACUAUCUGGUAUCGUGCACCUGAAUUGCUUCUUGGGGCUAAACACUACACUACUGCUGUUGAUAUGUGGGCUGUUGGCUGCAUAUUUGCUGAGCUACUGACCCUGAAGCCUCUUUUUCAAGGACAAGAAGUGAAAGGUGUCCAAAACCCAUUUCAACUUGAUCAGCUUGACAAGAUAUUUAAGGUCCUAGGUCAUCCUACACAAGAAAAGUGGCCGACACUUGUUAAUCUUCCUCAUUGGCAGUCAGACAUGCAACAGAUUCAAGGGCGUAAAUAUGACAAUGCUGGGCUCUACAACGUGGUUCAUCUUUCUCCCAAAAAUCCUGCUUAUGAUCUUCUUUCAAAGAUGCUCGAAUAUGAUCCUCGAAAACGGAUUACUGCAGCACAAGCUCUUGAGCAUGAGUACUUCAGGUUGGAACCACUGCCUGGUCGCAAUGCGCUGGUGCCUCCACAACCUGGUGAGAAAGUUGUGAACUAUCCUAUUCGACCUGUGGACACAACAACCGAUUUCGAAGGAACUAUUAGUCUUCAACCUUCUCAGCCUGUCUCAUCAGGAAAUGCACAAUCCGGAGGCAUGCCUGGUCCUCAUGUGAUGCCAACAAGAUCUGUACCACGUCCUAUGCCUAUGGGCAUGCAACGGAUGCAACCCCCCGGAAUGUCUGCUUAUAAUCUUACUUCCCAGGCUGGAAUGGGUGGUGGGAUGAAUCCUGGUAGCAUGCCUGUGCAGCGUGGUGUUGCUAACCAGGCUCACCAGCAACAGCAGAUGAGGAGAAAAGACCAAUCUACAGGAAUGACAGGAUAUCCUCCACAGCAGAAAUCAAGACGCUUUUGA